AUGCCCUUCCCCUCCAAGACGGCCCUCGUGACCGGCGCGACCUCGGGCAUAGGCCUCGCCCUCGCGGAGCGCCUCGUCGCCAACGGCACUUUCGUCGUGGCCGUCGGCCGCCGCCGCGACCGUCUCGACGCCCUCGCCGCAGCCCACGGGCCCGGAAAGCUCGCCGCGGAGCCGUUUGACGUCACCGACCUCGACACCCUGCCGGGGUGGGUCGAGAAGAUAACAACGACCUACCCGACCCUGGACACGAUCAUUCUCAACGCAGGCAUCCAGCGCAGCGUCGACUUCACGGACCCGUCCGCCAUCUCUCUGCCCUCCGUAGCCUCGGAGCUCACCACUAACUAUCUCGCCCCGGUGCACAUGAUCACCUUAUUCCUUCCCCAUCUCCAGUCCCUCCGUUCGUCCACCACCGCCUCCAUCAUCCUCGUCUCCUCAGGCCUCGCCCUCGUCCCCAUCCCGCGCUGCCCAAACUACUGCGCCACCAAGUCCGCCCUCCACUCCCUCGCCUGGUCGCUCCGUGCCCAGCUCGCCGGCCACGGGCCGUCGUCCCACAUCCGGGUCGUCGAGGUCGUGCCCCCCGCCGUCCGGACCGAGCUGCACUCCCAGCAGCCCGACCUCGUCGCCGCCGGCCAGGCCGACUUCGGCAUGCCCCUGGACGCCUUCGCCGAGGAGACGUGGGCGGCGUUGGAGAAGGGGGAGGAGGAUGAGAUCAUUGUCGGGCCGGCCAAGAACUUUGCGCAUGUCGAGACGGACAGGAAAAUCAUGUUUGACAAGAUGGCCGAGUCGUUCAAAAAGGGCAACAAGGCUUGA